AUGUGUUUUGUUCUUUCCGAGCCUAUUGGCGGGCCUGGCUCUGUUGUCGAGAUCGAUGAAUCGAUGUUUGGCAAACGCAAAUAUAACAGAGGAAAGAUGAGGAAGGGUGUCUGGGUUUUCGGGGGAGUGGAACGUGGGUCCAAUAGGUGUUUUUUAGUUCCGGUAAAAAACCGGAAGGCGUCCACUCUGAUACCUAUCAUUAAGCAUUUUAUUCUGCCCGGCACGCUUAUUUUAUCAGAUUGCUGGAUGGCUUACAGCAAAUUGAAUCUAGAGGGAUACGAACACCAAACUGUAAAUCACUCCCGAUUUUACAAAGACCCAGUUACCGGCGUGCACACGAAUACAGUAGAAGGUAUGUGGGCUCACGCUAAACGGGAUUUUAUUAAGGGAGGACGACCAAAACGACACAUGUACGGUUACCUGGCUACUUUUAUGCUGAAACGGAAGCUGGCUGGCGAGCCAGGUAAAACGUUCGUCGAUUUUAUCAAGAUGGCUCACGACUGUGUCGAAGUUGGAUACCCGGAAGGCGACCACCACCUCCAUAUUCCAGAAGCCCACCCUGAACUUGAUGAUUCAUCAGGCUCUGAACCAGAUGACGACAUCGAUGACUUCCGGGAGUUGCUGAUGGAGUGGGUAGGUGGAGAAGAAGAUAUCUUCACCUUCCCGGAUACCUUCUCUUUAGCCGAACGCCGCCAGAUCCACAACAUCUGUGAUCAGCUCAAGCUCGUCCACAAGAGCACCGGCGAAGGCGAUUCAAGAAGGCUGGUUGUCACGAGGGUCCCAAUCACUCCCGAUGGAGUCAUCUGCGUGAUUCCCUCCGUGACUCCAACAUCUGACUUUCCCGACAGAUCGGUCAACCAUUCUCCAACAGCUCCUGUUUUAGCCAUUGAAUAUCCUCAAGCAGAUGAUCGACAUGUACCACCACCAACUAAUAUAGAGCCCAGAGCAAGCAAACGCCAAAAGAAAUUACCGACUCAUUUAGCGAUUUAUCAGUUAUGA